GGGGGAUAUGAAAAAACAUGCACACGAUGGCAUCCGAGUUUACGUCAGAAUUGUAACGACACAGGACCGAAGACAAACCGGAAUAUUUCUGCAGCCCGGAUACCAGCCGGUAUUCUGAUAAGAAGUGUAAACCUAAUUAGGUAUUCUCGGUCAUUUUGGCGCACGUUUGUCUGCGUGCUCACCGUGGCCAUCUCAGUGUUUUUGGAUGGGCAGAGACCACAUGAUGAGGGGUGUAUUCUCUACACAGGUUCCUGGGCUGCUGUGCGGCUUUUUAUUUAAGGGGAGGAAAAGCCAUUCCCCGGAAAGCAAUCUGCUCUGAUCGCCCGGAGCCGCUGGCAAAAAAAAAACCCCGAUGUCGCAUUGAGGGUAGUUGGCUUAGGGAGCCAGUUAUGGCUCAUGGACAAAGGCCAGGAACUAUCUCCAAAGUGUUGGCUCCCAGCCCUCCAUUGUGCCCUGGUGCCGGCAGACCAAGCCCAGAAGAGCACCACGGUUCAGUGAGGGAGGCGAUUAAGACCCCAUCUUGUUCUUUGAAGGAUGGCAACAAAGAUCACCUGAAUCCAUCUCUCUCUGCAAAGCACUAUUUUAUGAGUUGUGACCCAAAUCCAGAGGACAUGGAGGACACCUGCUCGGAAUAUGACAACGUGGGCUCUGACGUCGAGCAGAACUAUGAUGAGGUUUCACAUUAUACCAGAGAGGGCGUUGUAGACGUUAGAUAUUACAAACAGUAUUGUCCUGAGGAGGAGAAGCACAUAGUGGGUGAUGAUUUCAAUGAGACUGCUGCUGCAGACCAGAUUCAGGCCUUGAAAUUGCAACCGAGCACAGACAAAACAGAGGGUUCACCAUCAGAGCCUAAGCCAUAUAAAACGGGCCAUCAAAUUAAGUCGCACAGUACUCCAAUAGCGGGCGAUGAACCGGAGGCGGGGCUGAAAAAAAACAAAGGGGACAGGUUUCUCCACAGUGAGGGAGAUGAGUUGGAAGAGGUUAUCGAUGGUGCCAGAUUAGUGGAGGAUUCAGGGGAGACCGAGAAUAAUGUUCAAAGGCUGACCGGUCUUUAUCAGAACCAUGAGAAUGACAGAAUUAAGAAGGGAGGCGAAGACAGAAAAAGAGAAGAUGACACUCGAGUCACUAGAAACCAUAAUAUCCCAGGGGCAAGUAAGAAGUGCGAGCCUUCCCACGUAGGAUCAAAGGAGAAGGAGCGGCAGGGUAAGGGGCGAGGAAGGAGGGAGGAUACCGGGCAUUUUGUUUCUGGGAUCAAAGGGAGCGUGACAAACAGCACCCAGCAGCGUCCAAAGAAUUGUUCAAGGGACUGCAAAAAGUCAGCAGUCAGGUCCAAGGCUAGGCCUGAUUCCAGUAAGAAGCAAGCUCCUCCACCCCCCCGCCAUGCUCAUGCCGAGUUACCUGCGGACCCCCAGAAGGCCCAGCCUCACAGAGAGACUCUUCCUGCUCCCAGACCAAAUCCCUCUGCCGCUAACAGCCAAGAGAGCGAGCCCAGGGUAAUCAAACCAUCUCUGGCUCCUCAUCACACAGCAGAGCAACAGAAGGAGUCACUGGAGGAGAGGCAGAGAGGGCCAGAGAAACCAGUGCAGCAGGGUGAGAUGCCGAGCACAGCUGUGAUGACUGAGGAGGUCCCAGAGGAGCCGAGGGGGCCUGAGGAGCUUGCUUCUUCAACAGAGGACAGCAACUCUUCACAGAAGACACAGGAGGCAGCUUCUUUCCCCAGCUUUGAGGAUGUUCCAGGUCCCUGUGAGCCAGAGGAUCUCAUUGAUGGGAUCAUCUUUGCUGCUAACUACCUUGGCUGCACUCAGGUGUUGUCUGAUAAAAAUCCUUCCAAGUCUGUCCGCAUGUCACAGGCUCAGGAAGCCGUCAGUCACAUCAAGAGCCAAGAUGAAGAAUCCCAAAUGAUGACAGAGGUGGACCUGUUCAUAUCUACUAAAGCUGUUAAAGUACUGAAUGCUGAUACACAGGAGACGAUGAUGGACAGUGCCUUGCGGACCAUCUCCUACAUCGCGGACAUCGGCAGCAUUGUGGUGCUGAUGGCACGGAGGCGCAUGUCCCAGGCCUCCUCAGAGGACUUCUCUGAAUCGUCCGACUCCACCAGCGAAGGGAGGAGUCAGUACAGGAUGAUCUGCUACGUCUUUGAAUCAGAGGAUGCACAGCUGAUUGCACAGUCCAUCGGUCAGGCUUUUAGUGUUGCCUACAGAGAAUUCCUGCGAGCCAAUGGCAUCAACCCCACCGACUUGAGCCACAAACAGUACAGCGACAUCAUCAACUCCCAGGAAAUGUACCACGAUGACCUUGUCCAUUUCUCAAAUUCAGAUAAUUGCAAAGAGUUGCAUGUGGAGAAGCAGAAAGGGGAGAUCCUGGGCGUGGUGAUAGUGGAGUCUGGCUGGGGCUCCAUUCUGCCCACCGUCAUACUGGCCAGCAUGCUGAACAGUGGCCCUGCAGCCCGCUCUGGAAAGCUCAGCGUCGGGGAUCAGAUUAUGUCCAUCAACGACACAAGUCUGGUGGGACUACCACUGGCCACUUGUCAGGGCAUCAUCAAGGGUCUGAAGAAUCAAGUGAAAGUCAAGCUGAGUAUUGUGAGCUGCCCCCCUGUCACCACUGUCCUCAUCAAGAGACCUGACCUAAAGUUUCAGCUCGGCUUCAGUGUUCAGAAUGGCAUUAUCUGCAGUUUGAUGCGAGGUGGCAUUGCUGAGAGAGGUGGUGUUCGUGUGGGACACAGAAUUAUUGAAAUAAACGGUCAGAGUGUUGUUGCCAUGGCACAUGAGAAGAUUGUUCAAACCCUGUCUGUGUCAGUGGGUGAGAUCAACAUGAAGACGAUGCCUGCUGUGAUGUUCAGACUGCUGACAGGACAGGAGACACCUCUCUACAUUUAG